AUGGAAAACGAAACGUUUAAGACUAUGAAUACUCCGGUAUCUAUGAGAGGAGCCGGAGUUUACAAUGAAAAUUCACAAUUCCAACGUCGUGCUUUGAGCACUUGUUUCAAACUUCUACCAGUCACGGUAUCCCAGACUGGCUCCAAUGUCACAAUUGCCGACUACGGAUGUUCAGAGGGCUCCAAUUCCUCGCUCACAGCUAAUACUCUCGAGGGACCCCGGGUUUUACCUCUGAUGGCACCAAAAAGCUACUAUGAGCAGGUCCUUCCAGCGGGCUCGGUAGACAUAGGUGUCUCUACGAGCUCUCUAAACUGGCUCCCAUGCUUGCAAGUCGCCCGCGAGACCCCAUUGCCCGCGGAAGAGGUUUGCGCUGCGGCAAUGAAAGAUCUCACGUGCUUCCUUCAACAUCGGCACGUGGAAGUGCGGCCCGGCGGAACUCUACUCUUGUGCCUCCCUAUCGACGGGGAAUUGAACUUCGAUUCUCCUAUCCAAGCACUCCGUGGCGCUAUACAAGAUGUUGCCGGUCGACCCACUGCUGCUGCAUAUCAGGAACCGGUAUAUUUCAGAAAGCGAGAGGAUGUAGAUACUAUCCUCAAGGAGCUAGAGGCAGAUUGGCAGAUUGUCGAUCUAUUUGAGCAAGACGUUGUGCAUCCCGCUUCGGCACGAGCUCAGUCACUCAUUUCAGAUACAUGUACGAGUUUUGAUCAAGAUGUUCUUAUUCCUUGCGCAAAGACAUUAUGUGACUGGACUCUCGCUAUUGCGGCGAACUCUACUAUCAAUAUAAUCCGCCUCUUUGAAAGACGUGCCCGGAAUCUCGACAAUACAGAAGAAGAGGAUACAGAUCAACGGCUCUUGGACACACUUAGUGAAGCUUUGUUCAGACGGCUUCUUCGGAUUGACUGGACUCGUCCUAUUGGGUCCAGAUAUCUUUCCGUGAAGUUACAAAGGAUCUAG